UGCAGACAGUGCGACAGUUCGACAGACAAAAGCGUUGUUGUGCGUGCAACAACAGCCGCACAACAACAGCCGUACAACGCCAACAGACGAUGCAGCGACUUGUGCCGGUGGUGCUGCUGUUGGUGCUGCUGGCCGUGCUCGGGCACAGCAAGAGCAGCAGCAGCAGCAGCAACAGCAGUAGCACGAGCGAUGGUGGGCUUGCAGGUGAGGAUGGAAGGAGCAUCGUACGAGGUCAUCUCCUUCUACCACCAACAUCAGCAACACCAGCCACACCAGCAACAACAGCGACAGCGUGGGUGGGACUGGUGUUGGAGGCGGCGGAUGGCGCCGUCGUGAUCCGGGUGCGUGCGAGUCGGGCCAGCGCCAGCGCCAACGUCACCGCCGUUGUCACGCAUGCUGAUGGCACAUGUACGUUUGAGGCAGCGCAGCUUUCACAAGAGGCACAGGCUGCUGUUGGCGGCGACGCUGGAUCGCUCUUCUACGCCACCCUCGCACCAAACACGGCGUGUUCAACAACAACAACAACAACAACACAUGCCACGAACGGCGACGCACCCGCCGUCGGCGUCGCUGUCCUCGUUGACGGGAAAACAGUGCUGACCACACCGCAGCAGCCCCAGCAACAGCCAGCGCUCAAUGCCUUGCCAUCAGCCAUGCUGCAGCGCUUUUCGCCGCUAUUGUUCCAGGGCGUGGUGCAGUCGCUCAACGACCCCGCCAACCCAACUGCAUCCAUAUCACCGCUGCUUCCAAGCACCGCCACCUCAAGCGCAAACGCAGCCGCUGCUGGCGGAGUUUUGAUUGCCACUUACUCCAGCGUCAACGUCACGCUGUACCCAGAGAUGUUCAAUGUAACCCAACCCUUGACCAUCUCCAUUCAUGACAGGUUUCAGAACACCCUCCUCUUCUCCACGCAAGCCUUUCAGGGACCUGUUGAGGUGCCCGUGCGUGUGCUGGGCCCUGCGGGACAGGUGGCCAACCCCCUCGCAGACCAGCGCUUUAUCGUGCACGUUGCCUUUGAUGAAGCACCACAGCUGCCGCCAGCAUCGCCGUCAACCCAAGUCACGUUCACGUCCCUCCUCAACCCAGAGCCAUGGCUCGUGCCCAUGCCCGUGGUGGACACGGCAACGGAGAUGCCCGCGCCAGAGCAGCGCAUGCUCGCGUGCACGCCACCGUCCAAUGCGGUCUUGGCGACGUGGAGCCACGCCAACACACAGUGCCGUGUUCAAGCCAGCCGGAACGACGCCCUCGCUUGUGUGCUUGUGCAAGGCCGCUGGUGUGUCGUGCAACAGCAAGGCACGAACGUGCCAUACCCGACCGAUGGGGGCGACCUCGCGGUGACCGUCACCCUCUCAUCGCCAACGGGACUGCGCACGGUGUCUCAACGCGCGCGCAUCAGCGUUCAAGACAUCAACAACAACCCACCUGUCUUCCCAUCACCAUCAUCAUCGUCGUCGUCGCUGUCGCUGGCGGUGCGCGAGAACUUGCCUGCCAAGAGCUUGUGCGGCCGCGUGCGCAUCACGGAUGAUGACGUGACCUUCCCGCCACCGGUCGUCACCAUCCUGCGCACCCUGCCUGCACGCGAUAUUGGCGAUGGCGACGACACCAUCGAACCUGCUGGUUAUCCGUUUGCCGUGGGUGCAGUGUCGCGGGAGAGGCCGGGUGUUUUCCUUGUCGACAUUUUCACCACCGCCACCCUUGACCGCGAGGCAAUUGCCAACUACACGCUGCUCCUGCGAGCAGAUGACGGCACGCACACCGCCACCGCGCCCGUCUCCGUGACUGUGACCGAUGCCAAUGACCACACUCCUGCUCUUGUCGCCGUGUCCAGCGCUGCUUGCACUCGCACAUCGCCCCCAGCGGACGCGACAGGCUCGUCAUCGGCGUGUGCGGUGUGGGCAGUGAACAGCCCUGCUGUGCCAGAGGACACACCCCUCAACACGGACGUCACUGUCCUGUCGGCGUUUGAUGCCGACAGUCCGCUCUCUGGCGGCGGCCGCGUCUUCGCGUCGCUCGUCACAGACGCCACGCGCGCGUGCACUGCGGCCGACUCGCAGUUCUUUCAACUCAUCGCCACCAGUGACAGCGAUGAUGAUGGUGGUGGUAGUGCUGCCGCUGCGGAUGUGUCUGCGCGUUGGGCGUUGCGGUUGGUGCGGCGCCUUGACUAUGAGGCUAGGCGAGUCAUGCGCGUGUGUGUGCAAUUGGAGGAUGCUGGCCUCCCACCGCGCGCCGCAACUGUUGCCGUUGACGUGCACGUCAGCAACGCCGUGUUUGAGAUGAACGCAAUUGGUGAUGGCGCCUGGAUCUACAGCGCUGCACGCGGUCUCCCCCUCACAGCAGCAGCAACAACAACGACAGCAGCGACAAUGAGUACAUCAUCAUCGUCGUCGUCGUCUUCGUUGUCGUCGUCGGCGUUGUCACUGCGUGGCGUACCGCUGGCUCACCGCCUGUCCUCCAUCUUCCCGCUGCCUGCGUCUGAAUUUGUUGCGCUGCCGGCAGCCGCCGCCGCCACCAUCACCCUCGCCUUCAACGGCGAAGCAGACACGGAGGAUAUUGAUGUCGCAGUCAACACCGAUGCAAACACCGACGCAUCGUCAACCACCACCUCCUCCUCAUCGUCAGCUGCAGAUGCAGCUGAUGUACAUGUGCGUGUUGCGCAUCGUGUGAAUCCGACAGAGGAGACGGAUUGCGUCAUGUCAGAGUGGAUCCAGCUUCCGGUCUGCUACGAUGCAAGCACGGGCCUGCCCAUUGAUGCAGACGAAUGGGCUGCGUUCCACUCACAGCAACAACAACAGCAAGCGUCUUCUUCUUCGUCAACGUCUUCAUCAACACCACCACUCUCGUAUGCGCACGUGCUUGCAAGCAACGACAGCAGCGACGUCGUUCGCCCGCUCGUGCGGUUUGUGGUACAGCCGCGCGAUGCAAACGGGUACGGCCGAGACUGCCCCCGCUACGACACGCGUGCGCUGCAGGAAAGCAGGGUGUCACUUGCAUCCACGGUGCGCGGUCCAAUUGGGGUGCACGUGUACCCUAGUGAGACGCCACCUUACGGUGCGCUGUACACGCUUCGCUUUGCGCCGUGCCUGCAAGCAGCAGACGCAUCGGCCAACACGGAGGCGUUCCCCGACACCUUGUCCUCCCUCUUUGACGUCCUCAAUGGCACCACCAGCAACAGCGGCAGCGACAGCGGCAGUUCCAACAACGCCAACAUCAACAUCAACAACAACAUCAACAACAACAACAACAGCAACAGCAACAGCAACAGCACGUCGGAUGCGGUGCGCGGACUGUUGGACCACCUCGCCGUCCUGUCUGCUGUUAGCGAUUCCUCCGCACGCAACGGAUAUGCGCGCAACAACCGCGACCUCGACGGGUGGCGGGUUGGAGGCCUGAGGGUGCCCGGUGACCUGACCACAGCCAUCGAACAGGCCGAAGCAGCAGCAGCAGCAAGUGGAGGGGAAGACGGUGGUGGAGAUGCGGGGGUGGUUGUGGUGGCGCAGUCACGCGUGUCCACACAGCAACGGCCCCUGUCUUCGCUUCUUGCCUCCCUGCUAUCAGGUGCUGGCGACGCUGCGGGUGCUGGUGUGGCGUCAGCCGGCAGCAGCAGUUCGUCAACAGCUGUUGACAUCUACGAUGGUACGUGGGCAGUGUGCGACUACACCAUGGGUGGUAGCAGUGAUGCGAGCACCUCCAAUUGCACCAUCACCAUUACGCCGAUGUCAUCAUCUUCAUCGUCGCCAUCGCCAGCGGUGCUUGAUGCCGUGACCGGCCUGGUGUCUGUCACGCCCGGCCUCCACACGCUUCAAAUUGCAGCAGAGGUCAACGGCAAAGUUGCCCGUGUGCACGACAUUCCGUUGCUUGCAGGCAAUGCGUCGGACUUUGCCGCUGCUCACACGCGAUCAACCUGCGCCUGGUCACCAUCGCCUGACGCAACAACAACAACAACAACAACAACAACAACGACUGCGACUGCAACGGCUGCAGCGUCAUCGUCUGCGUCGUCGUCCUCAUGCACGGCAUCGUCGUCGUCAGCAGAUAUGAGCAGCAGUGGUGAUGGUGUGGACUGGGAUCGUGUGUCGCUUGCAUCAGGCCCCGCCGCUCACCUCUCUGAUUUGGAUGGUUUGUGGCGGAGAAUGAUGAAGCCCUCUCAGAAGGGAGCGGGCGGUGUUGGCGCAGAACGAACCACCGUGACCCUUGGCACGCACCCAUCCUACCUCUCCAUUGGCCCCGCACGCCUCACAUCCCCGUUUGUCGUGCGCUCGCACACGUGCAAGGGCGAUGGCGCUGGUGUGCUCACCUGUCCAUCCGCCUUUACUGGCAGCCACAGUGGGAGCCGCGCGCUUGCUGCAUCGCUGCUGGCGGUGGCACAAGGGUACACGGAUGUCAUUGUGGCGCCCACGAGCAACGCGACCGCUGCAGACACCGCCCCCUUCGGGACAGACACCAGUGGCACUGGUGGUGGUAGUGGUGCUGCUGGCGCAUACGAGAGCCAGGCGUUGUCAUCCCACGUCGUGCAAGUGGCCUCCUCACCCGGCUUUGAAUGGGCGUGCCAAGGACUUGCUUCUGCUGGCAUUGAAGAUGCCGAUGACGAUGUGACUAUGGCAACGGGAGCCACGUCGACAACAGCAGGAUGGGAUUUGAGUCGCCCAACGGCGGUAGCGUUUGGCGUUGAUGCGUCUCCGUCCUCGGCCUUCUUUGUGUCGUGGCCAGCGCAGGAGUUUACGCAAGCUGCGAGCGUGUCGUUUGUUGCAGCAUGCACUUCAGCAUCACGCUUCCUUGCGUGCAUCGUUGACCCGCCGUCGACAUCGUCGUCCAGCGUGCACUUGCCGUGCGGCGAAUACGAUGCUGUGGAUGAGGUGUAUCGUGCAACGCUUCCUCUCUUCUAUGGCACCAACACCGUACGCGUGUACUGCGUGGAUGACACUGGCAGCCUCUCCCCGUUGCCUGCAAGCAUUGUGCAGACGGUCGACCAGGAUCCGCCCACCCUUCGCGUCACAGCGCUGCCGAGCGACUGCACGGAACCGACGGCGUGUGUGACCAGCGCGCGUGAGGAAGGCGUGGCUGCCUUGAGCGCGGACGAACCUGGCACCCUCAUGUGCCGGCAUGGCCAUACAAGCGCACUCGCCACCACCACGUCGGCUUGUUGCCGCGCGGUUGUGGCGGCGGUACAGCGCGAAUGGGAGAACACGACGCUCGCAAACGAGAAUGGCGAUGAUGUGCUGUCCAGCAGUGGCGGCAAGUCCCCUGAUGGCGAUGUCAGUGGUGGUGGUGGUGGUGAAGGCGUGCUGCCUGGUGUUGUGGCCAACAGCACCGUUGCUGCCGAAUGCGAACAGCUGUGCAUGUCUGGCCUGCUCUUCUCCUCCUUUGCUGACGCCAUUCAGCGCAACAUGACAUCCGCUGAUGCCAGGGGUGAUAUAGCACAAGCAGCAUCGAUGGGCGUGUCUGCAGACGCGUGCUUUGGGUCGCUCUCCCGUGCUGUGCGUGCACACAUGUCGUACAGCGCGUGCGUGCAAGCAGAACUGCGAACAACGCUGGAGGCGCUCGUUGCCGUGGAAACACCCGUCAUCGCCAUCGAUGAGGUUGUGAGCAGUGAUGGGGAGGGGCGCAGGAGUGGCGGUGGUGACACGCCAUCCACACUUGAAGCCAUCUCGUGGUCGGAAUGGACGGAAUGCAAUGGCGCUGUUCGUAUCCGCGCCAGCACCAGCAACACCAGUGACACCAGUGACACCAGUGACAGCAUAGCUGAUGGGUCCACGUUUCAUGUGUCCAGCGCGCAUGGGCAAGUGGUGGUGCAUCAGGUGGUGGCGGCGGAUGUGGCAGGCAACCGUGCCUCCACCGCUGCAACGGCUUUGACCAGCGCUCCAUUCAUUGCCUGGCUUGUUGAUGCGCAGCACCGAAGCAAUGGCACGCUGGCCGAGCUGCUGGCCUUUGCGGUUGGCGUGGAGGAAGCUGAAGAGGCCGCACAGCAGCGGGCGGCUGCCAUUGCACGUGCACUCGCGGCGUGUCCUGGCACAAGCACAGCCCUGGUUGCCACCACCGUCCUUGCUGGCGUGCUGUGCGCUGCGUGCGUGCUGUAUCUCGCAUACCUGCAUGUGACGUGGGACGCGUGUGUGGACAGGGCUUCGAAGCGCGGCGAGAAGUCGUUUGAGAGCACAGCGCCGCGCGCCAAGCACGCCCUUCAGCAAGCGUUUGAACUCAUCCACAUGUCUGAUCUUGCCGUGGACGGCUCGUUUGAGAUCAACCCUGGCUUCGUGGACACGACGGAAGAUGAUCUGGUCGCCAACACGAGCUUCCUGUACGGUCUAGGCCUGCACGCACACGACGAUGAUGAUGACGACGAUGACGAUGGUGAUAGUGAUGAUGAUGAUGGUGAUAAUGCUGGGAGUCGGUUUGUUGGUAUUGGUGCAUCCUUUGUUGGCGACAAACAUGAUGCGAGUGUGCUUCUGCGCCACGACCCCUCACAACACCAGCAUGGGCAAGAGCAAGGGCGAGCCGCAGUAGAUCAGAGGGGCGUCGGGAAGAAGAGCGUUCAACACCAACAGCCUCAACACCAGCAGCAACAUGGUGGUGUGUCUGCGCCCGAGGACCCUGCGGGAUGGCUGCCUGGUGGACUUGACGAACCGCCCAUGCUGAGCGACGCGUUUGCGGCUCUCGGAGGCGUACACGAUGAGCACGGUGACGGUGGCGGUGAUGAAGGGAGCGAGGUGGAGGAGGACAUGUCAUCGUUUGGAUUCCACACAGUACCAGCAGCGACGGCCGCAGCGAACAGUGGUGGUGGUGACGACUCGAGUGGUGAAUACUACAACGGCAGCGACGACGACGACGAUGAUGACUCGGAUGAAGACGACUUUGUUUGAGAGAGUGAGAGAGAGAGAGAGUGUGUGUGUGUGAGGGAGAGAGAGAGAGAGAGAGAGUGUGUGUGUGUGUGUGUGUGUG